AUGUAAAAGAAGAGGGAGAAGUUUAGGAUUGAAACUCGAAGAAACGAUCUUGAAAGAUGCUUUAAAUAAAAAAGAGAAAUCUUAGAUUAGGGUGCAAUAAUUACUAUAGGAGAAUACUGCUAUAAUUCUGAUAAUUUAUUGGGGAAGGGUUCUUAUUGUUAGGUAUAUGCGGGAUGGAAAUGCUAGAAUAGGAACAAGAAGGUGGCAAUAAGAGUGAUGCUUGGGAACGAGAGAGUAAGCUCGGAAAUAGAAUUGUAGAAAAGUUUAAAAUCAAAGAAUAUUGCUAAGAUUUAUGAUGAUGUAAAGAUUGAUGACAAACAUUACAUAAUAAUGGAAUUGUGCGAUGAGUCUCUAAGCAAGCGGUAUCAAGAGUUUAGUAGAAAUGAGGCCAUUUAAUAUUUUUAGCAAAUUCUUAAUGGUCUAGAAGAGUUGCAGAAACACAAAAUUAUCCACAGGGAUUUGAAAUUAGACAACAUCCUAUUGAAAAAGAGAUAAAUAAAGAUCAUUGAUUUUGGAUUUGCCAAGAGCAUUUCAGACAAUGGAUUGGGAACUGAGUCAGUCAAGUGUGGAACUCCUGAGACAAUGGCACCAGAAGUCCACAAAAGCAAUAAGCGAACAAUCUACAGUGACAAGUAGGAUGUUUGGGCUUUGGGAAUUAUUUUGCACUAAUUAUUUUAUAAAAUCCAUCCAUUUGAAUCAUUGGAGUGUCUUUUGGAGAAUAAGAGGAGAGACACUCGAGAAGAAGAGGAUGAAGUAGUUAAUGAUUUCAUCGACAAGUGUUUGACUGAGGAAGACAAAAGAAUGACCAUAAAAGAAGCUCUGCAACAUCGGAUUCGUAAAUAUUAAAUUGCCAUUGACUCUGAUGACUAGAAGACACUCUUUGGCUAGAUAAAGGAUUGCGUUUAAAGCAAAUUGGAAAGUCUGACUCACUACUGGUAUGAAACAGUAAGGGGUUACUUAAUUAAAUGA